GGGGAAAACGAAGGGGGCAAGGAAGAGGAAUUAGUGGCUGCAGGGGCUUAUUGCAAGAUGGGGACUGCUGGUUAGUGUCUUGUCUUGUGGUAAUUCGGAUGGAGUCCGCGGAAUGGGGGAAAAAGGGCGGGAUGAUGAAGUUGAAGAGGGAGGAGAAGGAAGAGGAAAGAGAGGAGCAAAGAGGAGGAAGCUAAUCUAUCUUAGUGGACUGGACUUUUCCAUGGUUUUCGUUGUCAUGGGACUUGGGAACUGGGGACUCUGGGAGUUUGUUCCUGCUUUCGUCUUCUGUGGUUGAGCCUUCGUGUACCUUACCUUUAUCUUCAGGUC